AUUCGAGCAUCAUUGCGCAAUCGCAAGCCAAACCGUAUCGACGUAGUUUUGUGUUCGUUUUGUAAGGCAGCAACGCAGCAGUUGUACGUUUAGUGGAAGAAUGAAGUCGUUUGUGGUGUUUGCCGCGGCCAUUUUGGCCACCGUUUCCGCUGCCCCGUACCAGUUGAUCCUGCUGGAUGAGGCAGAUCUUCCGGUUGCCCCAAUCCGUGUGGUACGCAAUGCUCCCGGCGAUAUUAGCGGCAGUGCGGCCAAUGCCGGUGCGCAGUCAUUUAACCAGGGAGGUUUCGGUGGAUUCCCCGGACACGGCGGUGGUUUCGGAGGACUGUCCGGUUCGGCUGCUAAUGCUGGUGCCCAGUCGUUCACGCAGGGCGGCGGCGGCGGUCAUGGUGGAUUCGGAGGUCUGUCCGGAUCGGGUGCUAGUGCUGGUAGUCAAUCCUUCACCCAGGGUGGUGGCCACGGAGGUGGUUUCGGUGGAUCGGCUGCCAAUGCCGGUGCUCAGUCCUUCUCUCAGGGAGGCGGCGGUGGACACGGUGGAUUCCCAGGAUUCGGUGGUGGCAGCGGAUCUGCCGCCGGUGCUGGUUCUCAAUCGUUCGGCGGAUAAGCUCGACCCACGCGAAUUGCUACGAUCUUCGUUGGCUUAGUAUUACCCCGCAUUCGUAGCUCGUGUGCUUACACGCACACACUAAAUCGUGCAAUUUAUUAACGCUUUUAACUGUGGACAUCUUGCUCAGGAAUUUUACGUCUAAAACCAAAUCCGUCUUCGUUGCUUUCUUGUAUGGAGUUUAAAAUAAAUAUACAACUAAGAACACCAA